AUGGCGCAGAAAGGAGUUCAGCUGGAGCGGGAAAUCUUAUCUUGUCCGAUCUGUCUGGAUCUACUGAAGGAUCCGGUGAGCACUUCCUGUGGACACAGCUACUGCAUGAAGUGUAUUGAAAGCUUCUGGGACGGAGAGGACGAGAAGAAGAUCCACAGCUGCCCUCAGUGCAGGCAGAGCUUCACACCGAGGCCUGUCCUGCUGAAGAACACCAUGUUAGCAGCUUUAGUGGAGGAGCUGAAGAAGACUGGACCCCCACCUGCUCCUGCUGAUCUCUGCUAUGCUGGAGCUGGAGAUGUGGCCUGUGAUGUCUGCACUGGGAGGAAGCUGAGAGCCUGUAAGUCCUGUCUGCAGUGUGUGGCCUCUUACUGUGACAAACACCUCCAGCCUCAUUAUGACGUAGCUCCAUUAAAGAAACACAAGCUGGUGGAGCCCUCCAAGAAGCUCCAGGAGAACAUCUGCUCUCGUCACGACGAGGUGAUGAAGAUGUUCUGCCGCACUGAUCAGCAGAGUAUCUGUUCUCUCUGCUCUGUGGACGAACACAAAGGCCACGACACGGUGUCAGCUGCAGCAGAGAGGACUGAGAGGCAGAGAGAGCUGGAGGGGAGUCGACUAAACAUCCAGCAGAGAAUCCAGGACGGAGAGAAGGAGGUGAAGCUGCUUCAGCAGGAGGUGGAGGCCCUCAAUGGCUCUGCUGAGAAAGCAGUGGAGGACAGUGAGAAGAUGUUCACUGAGCUGAUCCGUCUCAUGGAGAAAAGAAGCUCUGAUGUGAAGCAGCAGCUCAGAUCCCAGCAGGAGAGAGAAGUGAGUGGAGUCAGAGAGCUCCAGGAGAAGCUGGAGCAGGAGAUCUCUGAGCUGAAGAGGAGAGACGCUGAGCUGAAGCUGCUGUCUCACACAGAGGAUCACAACCAGUUUCUGCUCAGCUACCCCUCCUCACUGCCAGCCCUCAGUGAAGCUACACACUCCUCCAGCAUCAACAUCCGUCCUCUGAGAUACUUUGAGGACGUGACGGCGGCCCUGUCAGCAGUCAGAGACAAACUACAGGACGUCCUGAGAGAGGAAUGGACAAACGUCUCACCGACUGAAGUGGAGGUUUUACCAGUAGGAGUGUACCUGGAUCACAGAGCAGGCGUUCUGUCCUUCUACAGCGUCUCUGAAACCAUGACUCUCCUCCACAGAGUGCAGACCACAUUCACUCAGCCGCUACAUGCUGGACUUUAUCUUAAUGGUUGUUAUGGAGACACAGCUGAGUUUAACGCCGACACCUUCUCCGCCGAGUUUCCUGCCAGCACCGUGUCCUGUCCUGUUUCGGGUCCCAUCGACACCAGCCCUUGCUCCGUCCAGGGUCUCGUCUACGCCUGA